AUGGUGCAGGUGCUCACGAUGGACAACGGAUUAGCCAGGGUCGCCGACGGCGGCGACGCUCCAAAGGCAGGGCUUCAGAACCUGCUGGGGUGCCACCCCGGAGCCGUGCAGAAGAGAGUGAAGGCUUUGACUGGGAGCCGCAAGGGAGGGCGUUUCCACCUGCGCACUGCCGCGGAAGUGGACCGUCAAGGCUUGCGGAGUGUGGGCCGAACAGCGCGAUCGCCUGUGCGCUCUCCCCGGGGCGAGCCGCGGUCGCCGCUGCGCUCGCCACGGGGCGGCGACCGCGGCUCGCCGCCACCGCCUCCUGGAGAUUGGCGAGGACGCGGUCCGGAACCACCAGCGCCGCCACCACCGCGUUCGCGGAGGGCUGAUUCGACGUUGGAACAUCGAAGGCGUUCUUCUCGGAGCAGGUCACGUGAUGACAUGUGUCGGCCCAAAAGUGCAGGGCCACGAAUGCCCCUCUUGCGACCCAAGAGUGCGGCCAAACCGGGCCUACGCUACUGA